UUUAAAAUGGAUCAAAAUGAUUCAGAUGAUCAAGAGUCAAUCCUAAUGAAUUUAAUAGGAAAAUUUUAAAAAUUGAUUGCUCAAUUUGAUGAUAAUAAUAAAAAAAGAAAUAUAUCUGUGGUUUUACUAGUUGGGUUAACAGGAUCUGGAAAAAGCACUAUUUUCAAUUUCUUAAGCGGAGCAGAUUUUACAAUUGAUGAAAACAAAGAAUUGCUGAUAAAGAAUCCGUCAAAUAGAUAUUCUAAAAUGAUUGGAGGAAUGAAUUCAAUCACAAAAGAACCAAAUUUUUAUCAUAAUUAUGAAAAUAACCAUUUAAUUAUUGAUUUUCCAGGAUUUCAAGAUACAAGUGGAGAUUGGGAUCGAUUAUUGUUUGAGCUUUUAUUUCAUAAGAUUGCUACUUCAGGUCCAAUAAAAAUUAUUUAUGUAAUAAAAAAUCCUGAAAAUAAUUUGCCUAAUAGAGGCUCAGAUCUUUAAGAAUUUAUUAAACAAGUAUUCUUGAAAGGAAACGAUAAUAUUCAAAAAUUUAAUUUAUUAUUAAAUUGUUAUUUAGAAGAUUUAUCCGAGGAAAAACUACAAAAUAAAAUAAAAGAUGAUCUAAAUUCUGUUAAUUUAUCAUAAUAAAUUGAUAAAAUUCUUGUAGUAAGAAAGGCUAAAAAGAUUGAUCAAUUAUAACUUAUUUUCAAUGAUUAAUAACGAUAAAUAUUGUUGCAAUAGAUUAAAUAAAUGCAGCCUAUUACAAUCCAACCAUAAAAACUUCCUAAAAGUGAAAUUAUUAGUGAUUAUUUAAGAACUACAACACUAAAAACAAUCGAAAAAUAUGGGAAUAUAUUAUGUGAUGUUUUCGAUAACUCGUAUACAAAAUUAUCAGAAUCAUAAAGUAAGAAAACUGAAUAAGAAAUGUAACAGUUAUUAUAAGUAAUCAAAAAAGACAAUUAGGAAUCCCCUCUGAAUUGGUAUAUCAAUUUUAUUUCUAUUUGUGAAGAAUUAGCACAAAAUCUUUCAUCCAAAUGUGAUAUUAUGAAUUCUAGUAAUAAUUUCAAAGAGAUAUUUGUAUACUUUUCAUAAUUUUCCGAUCUUAUCAAAGGAUAUGAAGAAAUGACUAUUAUGAAGUCUAUUGCUAAAGAUUAAUUAAGAAAGAUAGAAAAAAUAAUAAGUACAAGACUAGAGUUUUUAGAAAAAGCAUAACAGGAUAGAGCAAAAAUUAUUGAAAUUGAAAAUCAAUAAUCUUAAUUACAACAAACCAUGGAUGAUUAUAGAUCUUAAAUAUAUACACUUGAAAAUACGCUAGAUACAUCAAAUAAUAAUUAUUCAAAAGAAAUAAGCUGCCUUAAAUUAUAGUUAGAGUUAGCUAUAAACUCACACAAAAAUUUAAAUAUAGAAUAAAUGAAAGAGUUAGAAAGGUAGAAUUAGAGAUAAAAAGAAGAUAUAUAAUAAUUAUAGUAAUAGAUUAGAGAUAUGAAUAAAACAGAAGAAUAUUAGCAGACAAUUAGAAAUUAACGGGACAGAAUAAAUAAUAUGGAAUAAAAGAUUAAAGACUUAGAAAAUAGAUCAAGAGGAGAUGGUGGUUCAGGUUGUUAGCUGAUUUGAUUCGCUUUUAUUUUUAUAUUUA